GUGCGGGAGACUUGCCGACAGAUCUUCAGCGAACUCCACAGCCAAGACCGCAUCUGCUUGGUCACCUUCUCCGCAAAAGCCAACGUGGUUUUGCCCCUGACUCCCAAAGAUCAAGUGCAGGACUUCAACGGGUAUUGCUCGCAGCUCAAGGAGGAGUCGUGCACCAACAUUGAAGCGGGCCUGAAGGAAGGCCUUCGGCAAUUGAACACUACAGUCGCCCGCAACGGCUACUGGCCGUUUUGCCAAAUGACCGGUCGACCCGUUGAUCAGGUCCCCUCGUCGCAUACGGCCGUGUCUAUCCUCCUCUCAGAUGGACAGCCGAACGAAGGCUUCACGAGAUCGGAG